AUGCAAUCGUUAGCCGUGCUCACGAUAAAAGUCGACGUUCCCGAUUGGGAUCGAAAAAAACAGGGGAAUUUUAUUGAGCUGGGCCCGCAGAUGAGAGUGGCUUUUGUAAGCGACAAGGCGUCGUUUGCCAUCGACAAACUCGCUUUUGGAGAUCUCAUUCAAAAGGUCAACGGUAAGCCGAUCAUGAAUCCGUUCGAAUGUGAAGAUUUGCUGCACGAAAAGGGCGAGAGAACCAUCCAAAUCCAGCGCGAUGUGAAUGUGCAACCGAUAUUAACGACUCGACUCAAUGCUCUAUCUGUGAAAAGGCGGCCACAAUUUGGAUAUUUGUUGAUAAGCGUUGGACAGGGCGAUAAAACGAAAGACCAACCGGUGGGCAUUGUUGUUGCUGCAAAGAAUGAUCGAAUCUACAUUGGACAAGUUGUGAAAUCGAGUGUUGCCGAAAAUAUAUUGCAAGCCGGUGAUGCGAUUCUCGACAUUGACGACAAACCCAUAAAGUCCGAUAUUGUUGCCUUCACAAAACAAAUUGGGGAUUUGAUGCGGCGAGUCGGAAAGUUCACGUGUGCCAUCGAGCGGCCAAUUUUCGAUCAUAUUGCCCGAGCAAUUGCAGAUGAUGUCACAAAGAAACCAUGUGCAGCAAAUUCAUCGAUGUCACCAGAUGCUUUGGAAAUCGGAUGCCGAGCUGCUCGCGAGUUUCUUCGAGUAGAUCGUUUCGCCACUCCCAAGUCGAUUCUAAUACCCACAAAAAUGAAAACAACCAAGGAGAAAAAGGAAAAGUCUGGGAAAGAAAAGCAACGUCUGGCCUGGAAGGAGAACAUCUCGAGAGUAGUCGAAAUUGGAACAAAUAUUCCUCCUGACCAGCCAUUGGUCGCAGCAACGCGCGAUUCCGAGCCAGAGACCAGUCUUCGAUCGAUCAAACGCGUUCGUAUGCCUUUCUUCGAGGAUUAUUAUGAUGUGCUU